GACAAGGCAGCAGAAAUCACCUGUGAUCUGGCUCUUCGCUGGCAUGCUCUGUCUUUAUUCCCUUUUCUUUGCUUGGAGAGCAAAUUUGGAUAUUACAAAGCCUCUGUUUCUGGGUGUGGUGGAGCGAUUCUGGCUGCAGAGCAGUGCUGUGGUGGCUGUGCUGGCGGGGCUGGGGCUGGCUGUGCUCACCUCGGUGGGAAGCACCAUGCUGGAGGGCAGCCGGGCGCUGCCGUGGCUGGAGUGGCUUUCUGCUCUCACUCUUGUCGCUUCCCAAGUUUGGGCAAAUUACAGCACUUGUGAUCAGAGCAACAACUAUGUUGUUGAUAAGUUUGCAAGGAAUCUGCUGUCCUCUAUGCCGACGGGCGCAGUGAUCUUGCUAAGAGGAGACUUGCCUGGGAAUGCUCUUCGUUACGUUCAUUAUUGCGAAGGGAUGAGGCCAGAUAUCACCUUAGUGGACCAGGAGAUGAUGACUUAUGAAUGGUAUUUACCCAAGCUGGCAAAGCAUUUACCUGGCGUUUAUUUUCCUGGGAACCGGUGGAAUCCUGUGGAAGGAGUAUUACCCGAUGGGACACUCACUUUUAAUCUCCAUCGUUUCCUCAAAGUAAAUAAACAUAAGGAAGUGUUUGUCUGCAUAGGUCUUCAUGAAGGUGACUCAACCUGGAGAAGGAGCUAUUCGCUCUGGCCGUGGGGUACGUGUGAAAAGUUGGUUCCUUCCAAUGUUGUGUUUGACCCAGGAGAGUGGAUUCGCCUUACAAGAGAGCUCUAUAACUGGACUGAAGACUAUGGCAGUUUCCAGCCCUCUUCCUGGGAAGCUGUUGCCAACGAGGAGAUGUGGCAGGCCAGGAUGAAAACAGCUUUCUUUAUAUUUGACCUUGCAGAAACUGCCAGUGUGACUGCAGAAAUGAAGUCACAACUUUACACAUUUGCGUACACCUCGUACAAAGAAAUUGUCAACUCUCAUCCAAAUCACCCGGUGAACUGGCACAAAAACUACGCCAUCGCCUGUGAGAGGAUGUUGCGUCUCCAUCGGGGGGAUGUGGAUCCUGAAGCGUUGCUCUCCGAAACUGUGAAACAUUUCCUUCUGUACACUGAGAAAGCAGAGGACGAUCCCCAGCGGCAGGAUAUUCUUCAGGCUGUGAAGCACCUGAAGAAAGAGCUGCAGGGGCUGAGGAAAAUGAAAGAUCUGAGGCAGCGAGCUGGGUAG